AUGCCCGCCGCCAACCGCACUAAGGUGGCCUUAGGCCAGGUCAGGCCACAUUCGAGCGGGCUGCGAUGCCACUGGCCAGCGAGCAUUGACGAAGAAAAAGUCGGACGGGCACGGGAGGGCAGUCCCGAGGACCGAGUCGCGGCUGCCCUGCCUGCUGGAACGCAGUCAAUGGCAGGAGCCGCGCGGUGGAAGGUUAUCGGCGCUGAGAGAAAGUGCCUGCCCGGGGGAAGGAGCGGCCGGCUUGGAUUUGUAAGCAUCCUGCAGGAACUCGGUAAAGGCGGCAGCUGCUCACGGGGCUUCGGCGCUGCACGGCGAUUGGUCCGUGCCGGGCCAGACCCCCCUACCGCCUCACGAAUUUCCCAUUCCGGCGGCCUGCCGCUUUUACGCCCUCCGGCGCCUCCUCAAAGGUUCUCCGCCGCCCACCUCUAUCGCCCUCCAACACUCGCCUCGCCCAUCCCGCUCGACUGCUCUCUUCCCUCGUUCUGCCUCGAUAGGCGCAUGAGGAAGUGGCUGUCUUCCGCCUCGUCGACUGAUCGCUGUCCUGGAGCGCCCUGGCUCCAAUUGUUCCCUGUUCCUCACUGGUCCCGUCUUAGUCAUCCACCUGACGUCAUUGUCCCUUCCAAAGAGGCCGUAUCUUUGUUUGGUCCUCGAAGUGAUCUGGGACCUGACGACUGGCCCGCUGCAUCAGGCCUGACAAUUUUUCGUAUCACAGGUCUGGUGAUAUCCGCCAACCAUCGCAACGUUCCCCUCCUCCUGGUACCUGGUUAUCGCCAUAACGAACGGGCGGGAAGCCCGGCCCUCGACCAGGACAGUCAAGGAGUCAAUUCUAUGGCGGAUUACAAUUCCCUUUACCAGCAGUCUCUCUACCUUUCACCAGAGCAGCAGGACCUGUUGCUGGCGGCCUUAUCUUCCAACAACCCCCCUCAGAAACAGGGAACGAAUAAUCCUUCUAUGGGCGAUCAUCACAAGACGGAGUCCAGCCACAACACCACGAAUAACAACAGCCCUUUGCAGCCUCAGGCCAACAAUUUUGACCUUACGUCAUCGACCUACUUUGAAUCCCCCGCUCAGGAUGCUCCGGGCUCGGGCCAUCUGGGAUUUGGCUCUGACGAGAGCCCCUUUCUCGACUUCGAUCCCGACGCCGAUUUCGACUUCGCGGGUGCGGAUCAAUUGAUCGGCGAAAUUCCGGAAAUUCCUGCUCAGGCUGAUGCGCAGGAGUCGGCGGAGCAGAGAAAGAUCUCGGAUGGGGAAAAAGAGGGGAAAAAAGAGGAGACGGAAACCGGCAAAAAGCGACGGGAGAGCGAGGAUAAGGAGAAGGCUACUGAGAAGGCUGCCAAGAAGCCUGGCAGGAAGCCCUUAACCUCCGAGCCCACUUCCAAACGAAAGGCUCAGAACCGCGCUGCGCAACGGGCGUUCCGUGAACGCAAGGAGAAGCAUCUCCGCGACCUGGAGAACAAGGUCCAGGAGCUGCAGAAGGCGUCUGAAGCCGCCAAUCAGGAAAACACUCAGCUGCGACUGCAGGUGGAGAGGCUGCAGGUUGAAUUGAGAGAGUACCGUAAGCGUCUCUCCUGGCUCAGCAGCGGUAACGGGUUCUCGACCAUGAGUGCCCUGCACAAUGUCAACUCACGAAAUCUGUCGGGUCUGAACAAUAACGAGUUCUACUUUGACUUCCCCAAGUUCGGCGAUUUGCCCGGUAACCACAUGUUUAGUAAUGGGUCCUUGGCGAAAUCUGUUCAGAACAACAAGCCAAAUGGGACUUCGUCGACUGCGGGAUCAGCGCCGUUGUCCAACAUACCAGGAGUCUUGUCCAGAGGGUCGGUCAGCAGUGUUGGAACUUCUGGCCAGCCAAGUCCCGGGCAGAACAAUUCCUCUGGCGACAAGGCCGCCGUCAAUGGCCUGCCUAACGGUCUGCCUAACGUCACCCAGGGCGGCAAAGAUGCUGCUAGCAACGGAUCGUCUUCUAAGGCGGGCUCUGGCAGCAAUGCACCAUCCAGUCAAACAUCCACUGGAACAGGUGCGAAUAGCACGUCGAACUCCCGGAGUCAAAUGCCCGGCAGUUCGGCAGCGUCCAACUCAGAUUCUCCGAGUGCCUGCUCGGAAUCGCAGCAAGGUCAGGCUUCGUCGAUGGGGACGUCACCAGAGCCGAGCCAGAACUCGCCAUCUGUGAGCAAGCCGAACGAUAGUGGAGCUGAGAACAGUGGGGAUCGGGGCAAGGUGAAAAAGUGCACCAUUGAUGGUGAGAAAUCCUUCUGCGAACAGCUGAGCCUGGCGUGCGGCAACAUCAAUGACCCCGUGCCGGCAGUGUUGAAACAGUCUAAUAAUGACAACUCGCGAAUGCCAGGCCAAUCCCAGAAUGCUCCCAACCAGCCCCUUUCGUUCGACUGGCUGGCUCAGCAGAAUGGUGGGAACUUUGACCCAGUGCUGUUCAACGACUACCGGGAACCUCAGGAGGCGGUCCUGUCGCAAGACUUUGGGACCUUCUUCAACGACGCCUUCCCGUUGCCGGACCUCGGCAGUCCAUUCCACAAUUUCAAUGAUGUAGCCAGUCCACCGGCCCCGAGUAAGGACCUGGUUGGGGAGCUUGACAAGGUGGAUGAUGAUGAUGAGGAGGAGGUUGUACCUGGAGAGGACAAGUCACAGAUGAUGACUUGCACGAAGAUAUGGGACCGUCUACAAUCGAUGGAGAAGUUCCGCAAUGGUGAGAUCGACGUCGACUCACUGUGCACCGAACUCCGGACCAAAGCACGGUGUUCGGAGGGUGGUGUCGUCGUGAAUAAGAAGGACGUCGAUGACAUCAUGGGACGAGUUCAGUAA